AUGAAGUUCAGCGCCGCCUCUCUCCUUUUGCUCUCGUCGGCACUGCUGACGUCGGCCACGCCGCUGGCAUUCAACGCCGAUGACGACCGCAUCUCGGUGCCCAUCCAGGUGCCCUUCUCGUCGACCCCCCGCGUGCUCACCUUCCCCAACUGGUUCCACGCCGCCAAGGACGACGAUGACAUCUGCCCGCAGCUCCCCGUUGUGUGCGUCAAGGACGGCGAGGUGGUCGGCGAUCUCGGCAAGCAAGACUUCUGCCGCGAGGGGUUGAGCUGCAAGAUGUGCAACCCCAAGAAGAAGGCGUUGGAUUGCAACACCAAGUACGUCACCGAGUGCAAGGCUCAGUGCUCCGCUCGCGGGCCCCUUGGCGGUAAGCUCCGCCAGGCCGAGCACACCGCCGAGAGCAUCAAGGCCAAGGUUGUCGAGAUGUUCGAGGGAGAUGAGGACGAUAUCUGCCCUGAUAUGAAGGUCAGCUGCAAGAACAGCGACGGCAAGACCGUCGGCAGCAUCGGCAAGAAGCCCUUCUGCAGAGACGGCGUUACGUGCGGCCAGUGCCACCAGACCGAGAACACCGUCGAGUGCAACGCUAAGUUCGUUAAGGACUGCAAGGCCCAGUGCGAGGCGACGGGCCCGCUCGGUGGUAAGGGUGUCUUCGUGCACCUCUACUAA